UAUAAAUACUUCAAGGAAAGCGUCUCCUCCACUCUUGACAUCAACUUUGUUUGAAAUUUCUAUACUUUCUUAAAAAAAAAAAAAUAUAUAUAUAUAUAUAUAUACACACAUCUCUCUCGAAACUAUGUCUUCCUCUGAUGUUGCUCGGCAGCUGGGUGCGCGGCCCCUCUCUCUGUCGGGCCAUGUUGGGUUUGACAGCCUUCCAGACCAGCUGGUCAACAAGUCCACCUGCCAAGGCUUCUGUUUCAACAUCCUCUGUAUAGGUGAGACUGGUAUUGGUAAGUCGACUCUGAUGGACACACUGUUCAACACUAACUUUGAGAACUGUGAGUCGUCCCACUUCGAGCCACAGGUGAAGCUGCGAGCCCAGACAUACGACCUGCAGGAGAGUAAUGUCAGACUCAGACUCACGGUAGUCAACACUGUCGGCUUUGGAGACCAGAUGAACAAACAAGACAGCUACCAGCCGGUGGUGGACUAUAUAGACCGUCAGUAUGAGACGUAUCUCCAGGAGGAGCUGAAGAUCAAGAGAAGCCUCCAUAACUACCACGACUCCCGGCUCCAUGCCUGUCUCUACUUCAUAUCGCCCUCCGGACACUCCCUCAAGUCCCUGGACCUACUCACUAUGAAGAAACUAGACAGCAAGGUGAACAUCAUCCCAGUGAUAGCCAAGGCGGACACCAUCUCUAAGAGUGAGCUGCACAAGUUUAAGCUCAAGAUCAUGAGUGAGCUGGUCAGUAACGGAGUUCAGAUCUACCAGUUCCCUCUGGACGAUGAGACUGUAGCCAAGGUUAACACUACCAUGAAUGGCCAUCUGCCGUUUGCUGUAGUGGGCAGUACAGAGGAGGUGAUGGUGGGGAACAAAGUGGUGAAGGCUCGCCAGUACCCCUGGGGCGUAGUGCAAGUGGAGAAUGAGAGUCACUGUGACUUUGUGAAGCUGCGUGAGAUGCUGAUCUGUGUGAACAUGGAGGAUCUGAGGGAGCAGACUCACACGCAUCACUAUGAACUGUACCGCCGCUGCAAGCUAGAGGAGAUGGGCUUCAGAGACACAGACCCUGAGAGCAAACCUGUCAGCCUGCAGCAGACAUACGAAGCAAAGCGUACAGAGUUUCUGGGGGAACUUCAGCGGCGAGAGGAGGAGAUGAGACAGCUGUUUGUCCAGAGAGUCAAAGAGAAGGAGGCUGAACUCAAAGAAGCUGAGAAAGUGCUGCAGGGAAGGUUUGAGCAGCUGAAGCGGUUGCAUGCGGAGGAGAGGGGUGCGUUGGAGGAGAAGAGAAGAGUUCUAGAGGAGGACCAGAGUUCCUUCAGUAAGAAACGAGCUGCAGCCCAGCUACUGCAGGCCCAGAGCCUUAAUGCUAACGGGAAGAAGGACAAGGACCGCAAGACCUCGGGGUUCAUGUGAAGAUCAUCGAGACUCGGAUCAUUAAAUCAACCAAUGGCAUCUAGUCCUCUAUUCUGCCCUCAUUGGCCAGUUUUUGGCACUAAAUAGGAAGUAAUUUCAGAGUCUGCUAACUUCAAAUGUCUUAGUUUUAUAAAGAAAGGAACAAAAAAAAGCAUUUUAAAACUGACUCUGUACUGUCAACAGCCCAUAAGACAUCAGUCUUCAGGCUUAAGUUAUGAGGCUCACGUGUUGUUCCUGCUCUGUUUGCUUUACAGUGUUUCCCCUAGGAUUUCUUUCAGCAGCGGUGGCAAAGUUAUUGGGGGGGUGUGGCCAAUGGUAUGGUUUAAGAGGCCUUCUUGGCCUCAGACAAUGAUGCUGUUUUUAAAAUGAAUUUCCUGCAAUUCUACACAUUUUGCUUUGGCUUAUUCAGUCUUAUGCUAUCUGAGUGACUCAAACAUUAUAACAAAGUCAAUGGGUGCGCCAUGACAUGGAAUUUUAGAUUCUCCCUGACUGUCAAGUUUUUUAUUUUGUUGAGUGUUAGUUCUCAAAGAUCUUAUUAAAAAAAAAUAUAUUGCUAAUCUGGUUUUGUUUGGGUAAGUUUAUAUUGAAAACGUUUUAAAUGUUUUUUGUGCCGCUGUUAAACACACUUAGGGGAAACACUGCUUUGAUGUCCAGUGGCAAAAAUCUGAAUGUUUGCAUUUGUUAUUUUAUACCUCCUUUUAGUGGUAUUUUGCUUUAUAUAUCCCUCCAUUUUAUAUCUCGCUGUUUUUCCAAGGAAUUCCCUAUACUUACCUCACACUCACUCCACUGACUGUUUCACUUCCCACUACCAUUAAUCAGUAAAAAGGGAUUAUUUGGGUUAUAAUUUUACUAAUUGGAUGGGAUUUAUCUGUACGUUUACUUUUGUUAUGUAUAUACAUUUUCUUUCUUAUGGAGUUUAACAAAUCAUUAUAUUCCAGUGAAACAUAAUGCUAUGCCAAACUGAAACACUAGAGUGCUUAAAGUGUACAUGUGCCUUACAUGUGAUAUUUAUAUUGACUCACUAUAGACUAGCACAAACCAGGGUACUGUUUACACAAGUGAUGUCAUGUUUACAUGAUUUAACUACCCCAAUUCAGACUCCUCCUCAUUCUACUGUCCCUUCACUCAUUUGGCAUGCGUUUGAUAAACUGUUAUUGGGGAAAGAUUUUAAUAUCUAAAACAAUUGUAUUUCUCAUGAUAAUAUCGGUCUUUUAAACCAGUGUCCAAUGCAGUGUGUGCAAUUUUGUUCUCAGUAGUUUUAAAUAAAUAAAUUGUAUAUGUAGUGAAACUGA